GACAGAGUGGGAAAAGGAACAAGCAGAGUUAGAGGCAGGACAAAAGAAGUUAUAUAGACCGCUAUAUACAAAUAUAUAUUUAUAUAUUAAUGUUUUGGAAGGCGUGUAGUGGGGAAAAACAAUACCAGUGAGCGUGGAUGGACUAGAUACAGAGUAGUUAUGGAGCCCCCUUUGAGCAAGAGGAAUCCGGCGCUAAGAUUAGCGGAUUUGGCAGCGACUCAACCCCUUCCUCAUCAGAAUGUGACAGGCUUCCCGGGGAUAGGGGGGCAUCACCCUCACUCCCACCAUGCCCACCUCCACCCUGGGGAGAUGGGCAACGACCCUGGAGUGGCACUCACUCCAUUUGGACCAGAGCACAUGGCACAGACAAAUGCUCUCAAACUUAGUCCAUCUCAGCACAUUCAAAGCCACCCCGAAGCCCAGACCGCGGCAUCUUUCACUUCUUCUCAGACCACAGUUGGUUUCCCCGUGGCUCACCCCCACUCAGGCUACGCCACCAGCAGGGACUACAUCCUCAGGAGAGAGCUUUCAGCCUCUGCUAUGCACGCGCUUGGCGACCAGCAUAGUUCCGCCUCCUCCCCUCAUCACCAUGGCAUGUUCAUUUCCCCAACAGGUGCUUAUGGGCACGCAGAAGGUGGUGCCCAUCCUCUUUUCUCUGGACUUCACGAUCAAGCGGCCCCAGGUGCCCACCACCAUGCUCUCAACGGGCAGAUGCGCCUGGGUCUUCCGGGGGACAUCUAUGGCAGGCCAGAGCACUUCGGCCACAGGCCCGAGCACUAUGGACCUUCUUCACUCAACAGCUACAACUCCAUGAACUUAAAUGUGAACAUCGCAUCAGCUCCUCACGGAGCCGCGGGGGCGUUUUUGAGGUACAUGAGGCAGCCCAUCAAGCAAGAGUUAAUCUGCAAAUGGAUUGACCAGGAACAAACUUCAAAGAAGCCGUGCUCCAAAACUUUCAGCACUAUGCACGAGCUAGUUAACCAUGUCACCGUGGAGCACGUCGGGGGACCGGAGCAGAGCAGUCACGUUUGUUUCUGGGAAGACUGUCCGCGAGAGGGGAAAGCUUUUAAGGCGAAGUACAAAUUGAUAAAUCACAUCCGAGUUCACACAGGAGAGAAACCAUUCCCUUGCCCGUUCCCUGGUUGCGGGAAAGUGUUUGCUCGCUCGGAAAACCUCAAGAUCCACAAGAGGACACACACAGGGGAGAAGCCAUUUAAAUGUGAAUUUGAUGGAUGCGACAGGAAAUUCGCCAACAGUAGUGACAGGAAGAAGCACUCUCACGUCCACACGAGCGACAAGCCAUACUACUGCAAAGUAAGAGGCUGUGACAAGUCAUAUACGCAUCCCAGCUCUUUGAGAAAGCACAUGAAAGUUCACUGCAAAUCUCCUCCACCCCCUUCUGCCAACACCGGGACCUCUUACCAUUCCUCGUCUACUACUCUUGGAACUCCCCUCUCCCCGACUUCCGAGCCUCAUCGAAGCCGCUCGGCAAACCUCUCGCCUCAGGUUACCAACCUCAACGAGUGGUACGUAUGCCAAGGGAGCGCAGGACCUAACAAUCUUCACACCCCAUCCAGCGAUGUGCCAACGUCGGACUCGGAGGACGAGGACUCGUUCAGGAACUCAGAUCCAAGGACAAUGCUUUGAUAUCGACAAAAUGAACGUUUAUCUUACUGAGAUGCAGGUCACGAUAAGUGGCCAAUACACGGGAAUUUAAAGCAUAUCAAUUUCUUGACAAUGGAACACGAAACAGCGCCGCGGAUGUCAAAUGGCGAAGAAGAGCCUUCGAAAUCUACUUUCAUACAUUAGCCUAUUUAUUUACUACUGUCAGGAUACGUAGAUGACAGGGACGUUAAUCCCUUGAAACCCUUACAUUUCAUAUGGAAACAAUCAUUAUUAUCAAUGGGACCAGGGGAAAUAAAUCAAAUGUAAUAGAAUCAGAUUUCAAGAUUUGUUGGCAAAUACUUAAUUUACAACACUGACUAAUAGCAAAAAGCUGUUUACCAUAACAACAUGUUUCACAAAUAAUUACUUCUCUCGAAAAUCAACCAUCAUAAAUUCAUAAACGCAUAUACAUACAUGUAUAGUUUAGCCUUACUAACAUGAUUCAGUCAUCACUGAUUAAUUAUGUUCGGAUGACAUUGUCCAUAUGAUCUCAUCACCAUCGCAACCUUUCAAAGUCUGACCGCUCUGAUCCAUCAGUGUCUAAUCUGCACAUGAACAGUAACUAUAGUUUUCCAGGAAAUAGUUGCGAUGUACCUGUUUAACUAUCAGGAAAUCCAUGUACAUGUAUGCCACGUAUGGGGGGACUUCUUAACAUAUAAAGCCUUAUAAAACAUUCCAUGCAAUAGCUCUUAAGCAUUUGCAUUGAAGACAAUUCAGUAUAACCUCCAAUGGCGACGUCCACAUGUCGCCUAAGUCAUGGAUAGAAAAAUAAAGGCAAAUGAAUGCGUUGCAAAGGGUGUGUGCUUUGUUGAAAUUUAUACACUAAGUUCUAAUUAAUUUUGUGUUAUAUUUAAAAACUAUUUAAAAAUAUAUUUUAUGCAAAAUUCACAUCAUUAUACAAACUCGUUUAAGAGUACUAAUUUGUCCUCUGAGACCCUAAAUAUAUAAACCUGACAGGCCUAUCCCUGACGGAUUUGUAUAUAAUUGUAUUGUUGGUCGUGAAUAGUGAUGUAGUCUUUAUUACAACAAUGUUGUUUUGUAAAUUGUAAUUUAUUUGAUGUCGUAAUGUUGUCCCGAAAUUACAGAUACACCAAAGAAUGAUAAUAUUAAUUUUGGUGAAAUUUAGUGCUUUUUUCUGUGGUCUGUUAUAUAUUCUCUUCUUACUUGAAAAAGCUGUGUAAUGUGAAAACUCUCUCUCUCUCUCGCAUGUUCAGUGUAGUAGCUCUGUAUUUAUCGUUGAGGUGCAUGGUGCUGUUUAUUUUAAUGGAGAUAAAAAAACAGAAACAGCCUUGACUAUGGAGGUCUUUGAUGUUCGUGACAAAUUGAUAACGGUUAUAUUCAUCGUAAACUUCAUUAUGAAUAAACAGAACAUUCAAAUA